AUGGUCCUCAGAGCUAAGCCAUUCACCUACCCGGUCCAGUCUACUGCCACUACCAGCACGGCUUCGUUGAACGGAUUUGCCAAACUUGCACUGCGACCACGAACGAGAGCACAUGGGGAUCAAGCCACGGUCGAGAUCCACCCCUUGCGGGAGAGCGAUGCGUUUAUCGUGUCGAUCCAGCCACCCAAAGUCCCGGAAUGUGGUCUCCAGCGCGCUUCGUGUGAUAUCGUACUUGUCAUUGACGUCUCUGGAAGCAUGUCCGCCGCCGCACCCCUACCCGAAGCCACGGGCGACAAUGAUAAAGAAGCGGCUGGGCUCAGUGUCCUGGACCUAGUGAAGCAUGCUGCAAGGACUAUCUUGGAGACUCUGGGACCUAGAGAUAGGCUCGGAAUCGUGACAUUCUCAGACGACGCAACAGUGGUGCAGGAACUUACGUUCAUGUCCCCGAGCGAAAAGAAGAGAGCGAGGCAGAGAAUCGAAUCGCUCCGGGAUGAGUCGAGCACAAAUCUCUGGGCUGGAAUCCGGAGUGGCUUAGAGCUGUUUUCAUCCACUGCGCUCGUCGACAAUGUUCAAGGUCUUUACGUGCUAACAGAUGGCAUGCCAAACCACAUGUGUCCAAAACAAGGUUAUGUCAACAAACUGGGCCCCAUGCUUAAAGAGGCGGCUCGCAAGAGAACCUCCGUACCCACCAUCCAUACGUUUGGAUUCGGAUAUCAAAUUCGCUCUGAUCUGAUGCAGUCGAUUGCCGAGGUAGGAAAAGGAAGUUACGCCUUCAUCCCGGAUGCUGGCAUGAUUGGCACUGCGUUUGUCCAUUCGGUAGCCAAUCUGUAUACAACAGCUGGGAUAUCGGCGUCGCUCGAGAUCCAGCUCUCUGGAGACAUCACUCUGGAGUCCACCGGCGGUAUGUUACUCGAGCGGGGGGAACACGGCUACCUGGUAGAACUUGGAAACAUCCAAUUUGGGCAAUCUCGAGAUCUGGUCUUCCUCUGCCGACCAUCCACACAAGAGGACAUCGAGAUCACUGCGAUGCUCAAUUACAGAGUUGCAGAGGGCUUUGCGCGAGACUUCCAGGCCCGUGCGUUGUUCUCGGACAGGACAGGCCUACCUCAGAAUUUGAUCGUCUACCACAUGCACCGAGCACAGAUUUGCGAGUUCUUGUCGACCCUUUUCCCGUUGAAGCAGAACGGCGAGCAUAUGGCGAUAUCGGGCAAUGAAGCCUUGACUGAUGCCCACAAUCGGUUGGACGGCAUUGUCAAGGCCAUCCAAUCGUCGCCAUUUAGAACCACUCUUGCGGUCAAUUCUCUUCUAGACGACUUGGUCGGCGACGAGCCUCACGGCCAAAUCUCCAAAGCCCUUCUCUCGACGAAGGACAAGCACUACUGGCAGAAAUGGGGCCGUCAUUAUCUCCCGAGCUUGCUUCACGCCCACCAGCGGCAGAUGUGCAAUACCUUUAAGGAUCCCGGCCCAUUGCUCUAUGGCAAGGACAGCCCGCUGUUUGUCCAGUGUCGGACCGAGCUAGACGCCGCCUUUGACAGCCUCCCGGCGCCGAAACCAUCCCGUGCGCCGAGGGUCGUGUAUACGUACGAUGCAAAGGGGAGGGUCAGCGGAAGUCGAACUGUUGCGUACAAACAAGUGAGUAUGGCGAGCUACAACUCGAGCUCGGCGCCUUGCUUCGAAGGAAACUGCCUCGUCAAGAUGAGUGACGGCGAGACAAAGCCGAUCAGAUGCCUCCGGCCAGGCAUGCUGGUGUGGACGCCCGUGGGUGCGCGAGCCAUCGCAGCGAUCCUGAGAACAAGGAUCCGCGGCCAGAAGCAGAAACUAUGUCGCGUCGGUGAGUUGCUGGUCACGCCAUGGCACCCCAUCAAACACGACGAGAAGUGGGUGUUCCCCAGUCAAGUCGCCACGCGCAGCGUCUCCUCUAAGGGCAGCGUCUAUUCGAUCCUCCUUACUCCCUUUCCAUCUCCCCAUGGCCACGCCGUCGAGAUUGGAGGUCAACUCUGUGUCACUCUUGGCCACGGUCUUGUCAGUCAGAGUCAGCGUAAGGACGAUGUUCGUGCGCAUCCGUUCUUUGGCAGCUAUCGCCGUGUGGCUGUGGCUGCGCUGCGGCUACCGAUGGACAAGAACCAACAUCUACGAUGUGGUGGGUUGGUGAGAACUGCGAAGACCGGUCUGGCCUGUGGGUUCGCAAAGCCAGUGGCCUCUAGGCGUGUUGUAGAAGGGCUGGGAAAGACCUUGAGAGUGAGAUGCCUUGUGUGA